AUGGACGAGUUUGCAGUUGUGUUUUUGUUAUAUUUGAGAAGAUCCGUAUUAAUAUCUGGGGACCAAGUCCAAGGCGCUUGUAUAGGAAAGAGGGACUUCUUGGUUAAAUCUAUAUUAAGAUUAAUAUUCUUUUUUAUUCGAUUGAAGUUUUCAAAGAUUGUAGUGGGAGUCUUCGCUUUAGUAUAUGGAAAAUUUUGGUGGAAGUUAGAGAAGGAUAUAUGUUUUGGCUGGUUUGAAAUCUUGAUCAUAUAUUUAAUCGUGUUACUGUCACGAAUGAUUUGCAGAGGAGGUUCUCCGGCAUUACAUAAUAUGCUGGCCACUGGACUAGUUUUAAAAGAACCAGUGGCUAGUCUAAUUCCUUGGUUGUGA